UCAGGUGACAGCUGUGAAGAUCCUACAAGGGCUUGUUUGGAUAGAAGGAGUAUUCCAUAACCCCUUCCUAACUAGUUGUGCCGAUUUGUUGUUGAUUGUUUAAUUGAGAUUACUAUUUAUUGUUUAAAAUUAGAUCAUAAUCCCAAAUCAAUAUCUCGGAAGUUUUUUUAAAUUUUCAAAAUCUCGUCUUUGUUCUUUAUUCUUUAGUCUUUAUGAGAUAUGAGAUUGCAACAAUGUUAAUCACUGCUGUAAUUGAUGAUUUCAGCUAUGAUGGGCAUGAGGAAGGUGGGCAACUCACAGAAGCUGUGAGGAGGCAGCCAUAUAGUGUCAUACUAUUUGAUGAAGUUGAGAAAGCACACCCCACUGUUUUAAAUACAUUUCUUCAAAUUUUGGAUGAUGGAAGGUUGACAGAUGGCGCAAGCCGCACAAUUGAUUUCACCAACACAAUAAUCAUUAUGACUUCAAACCUUGGAGCCGAGUAUCUCUUGGAAGGAUCAACGGGCAGUUGUACAAUGGAGGGUGCUCGGGAAUUGGUAAUGCAAGAGGUGAGGAAACACUUCAAGCCCGAGUUUCUUAAUCGACUGGAUAAGAUUGUGGUAUUUGAUCCUCUUUCUCACGAUCAAUUGAUAAAGGUUGCCGAGCUUCAGGUGAAGGAUGUGAAAUUCCGCCUUGCAAGGAGAGGUAUUGCCUUAUGUGUGACUGAACAAGCACUGUAUGUUACAUUAUUGAACAGUUAUGAUCCGGAAUAUGGUGUGAGACCUAUUAGGAGAUGGGUGGAGCAGAAUGUGGUCACGAAAUUAUCAGGAAUGCUUUUGAAUAAGGAGAUUGAUGAAAAUUCAACUGUUUAUAUAGAUUCUAUGCCUAAUGGGUAGGAGUUAACAUAUCGGGUUAAAAGCAAUGGGGGACUUGUGAAUGCUGCUACUGGGCAAAAUUCAGACUUACUUAUUGAACUGACUGAUGCUGCCAAGGCGGAAAUGAAGAUGAAGCUGGCGACGAAGAUGAAGAAAUCUACAGAUGAUUCCCAAAAAAAAGGGAAACGGUUUUUUUUGGUUUAGUAUUUGUUAUUUGUUUUAAUGCUUUAGAUUUUAUGUUUUGAAUCUCUUUCUUUAUAUUUGAAGAAAGAGUCGACAUUUUGGUCAAGUGUCCUGAGUUGUCAUUCAAU